GCCAAAGACAAGAGGGAGUUGGAUACCAACGCAUUUCUAAAGUGAAGCAAUAAGCCUUUCUUUGUGUUUGUUUUCUUGUAAUUGACAUCAAGAUGUCAGGAAAGGGAAAAUCAAAAUGCACAAAACCAAAAGGAUCCAAAUUGUCGGAAAAACAACUUGAAGAAAUUAAAAAGUCUUUCGAACUGUUCGACAAAGACGGCAAUGGGAAGAUUACGAAGGACGAACUGGGCGUCGUGAUGCGGUCGUUGGGACAAAAGCCUUCCGAGGCGGAUUUACGAGAUAUAAUGAAAGAGGCGGAUAGAGACGGAAGCGGGGCGAUAGAGUUUGACGAAUUUCUGAACAUGAUGGAGAAGAAGUAUCGAGAUCUGGACACGGAAGAACAGGAGAUGAAGAACGCUUUCCGUGUGUUUGACCGGAACGGUGACGGAUUUAUCAGCAGUGCUGAGUUAAGGACUGUCUUGGUAAAUCUGGGGGAGAAGUUAACGGACAAACAAAUAGAUGAUCUGAUGAGAGAAGCGGACAAAGACGGAGAUGGUAGGAUUAGCUACGAAGAAUUUUCCAAAGUUUUGGCCCACAGAUACUUUUAGCCGGAGGUGACGUCAGGAGAUAUAUUUAUCGCGAGAACUGCUUCUGGUUGACAUCAUAAUGAACUGAACGUUCAGGAUUCCCACUGGAGACCGGUAUUUUCUCCACGUCAAAAAGAACUGGGCAACGCAGACUUAAGAUGUUUCCGAAUGACUGCGUGGAAAGAGGAGGGAACUCCGUACCUGGAACAUUGCAACGCUUUCGGUGGAAGAUGCCAUGGAGUAAACUGAUACAGACACGUAAUAUCAAAUUAAAUCAAAUCACUACGAACCAUACUAUGUCAUUGGGCAAAUGUUAUCAAUAGCAGUAUGAAGAUGUCAGUAAAGUAUUGGUUUCCCGCUAACAUAUUUUCCCCCACAACGGGGUUUCAAUAGUAGCUUAAUUAUUAACUGACAAUUGGUGCAUGUAUAGAGUAAAUACGAAAAAGCAUAAUGUUUUCACAUUCGAUCCU